UAGCUGACGCUCCGCUCACAAACCAUUUUAAUGUCUGCUUACGACAUUAACUGAACUUAAUAUCAGAGGUUUGAUUUUGUUCUGAAACCAAUUUGGAUUCUAUUUUUAAAUUAUUGUGUUAGUUUUUUUUUUUAUUAUGUUAUUACCAAGAAUUUAAACGUGAUGCGGUCCAGUAUGAACGAGAGAGAGAUAGCCGGCCGUAGCCGGACUCCCAUCCGUCUGCCCCCUCUCUGUAACUGAUGCUGUUCUUCUGACACGAAUGUACAAUAAUAGCGUGCAAAUAAUCACAAUGAACUCGACGGAAGCAAGCCUAGACGUCAACCGUUCCACGCCUAUUUAUACCAUCGGCACAAGUUUUAUAACACAAUGGAAAUUACAAAAGCUAAAACAGCAGCGGUCCUGUCUCACAAAUCCGAAUCCAGAAUGCCAGAGUUAUCUCAGCAACGUGACCAAUUACACUGACGUCUAUUUCUUUAAUGGUUCCCUUGACGAAACUGCGGAUUUGCAACCUGUUCUCCCACCAUUCCCGCUCUGGCUGGCUGUAAUCAUUGCAACUUGCCUUCUUCUGGUAAUUUUAUUAACCGUUAGUGGAAAUGUUCUGGUACUACUCGCAUUCCUCGUGGAUAGAACUAUACGACAGCCAAGUAAUUAUUUUAUUGCUUCGCUGGCUGCCACUGAUCUUCUGAUAGGUACUUUGUCGCUCCCAUUCUAUACGGACUACGUAUUAAAAGGGUACUGGCAUUUAGGACCCUUGCUAUGUGACCUUUGGCUUUCUGUCGACUACACAGUUUGUUUAGUGUCACAGUAUACAGUACUUCUUAUAACUGUAGACAGAUUUUGUAGCGUAAAAAUAGCAGCUAGAUACAGAGCAUGGAGAACAAAAAACAGAGUGAUAUGGAUGGUUACCGUAACUUGGAUAAUACCAGCAUUGUUAUUUUUUACAACUAUAUUUGGUUGGGAACAUUUCGUUGGAUAUAGAGACUUGCAAGAGGGUGAGUGUGCAGUCCAAUUCUUAAAAGACCCUAUAUUUAAUACAGCUUUAAUAAUUGGAUACUACUGGACAACACUUUUUGUGUUGAUUGUCUUAUAUGCAGGUAUUUUUAAAACAGCUUAUGAUAUGCAAAAAAAAAGCGAAGCUAAACAGAGGAAAAUGCAGUCAAUGGUUGCUUUAAGUGCUGGUGUUAUGACUGGCAUGGCAGGAAGAGCUGCUGGAAUGGCAGCAUUAUCAAAGGCUACAAUAUCAAGUGAAGAUCAAAUAAAAGUUUCAGAAGCAAUCCGUAAGGAUUCAACGUCUAAAGGUUCUUUAGCAGCGCCUUUAUUAAAUCUAGGUGGGUCAACCGAUUCAAAUUCCAGCCAAAAGUCAUCGGCUCAUAAAAGUAGUGCCACUGCAACAGGUACCUCAACAACGGCCGAAUCAAAUGAAGAAAAAAAAGAAGAACAAGUAGAAGCAGAAAGAUCGAGCAGCCCUGCCUUUGAUUCGGAUGAUGAAAGUACCACACAAACUAAUAUAAAAAAACGACCCUCGGUUGCGAAUUUAGUCAUGCAGACUGGUGCUAUACAAUUACUUAAUAAUAUGCGACUUAAUGGUAGUAUGCUUAUGAAACCUGAAUUAAAACAAUCUCCUAUUAUGAAGCAUGAACUUGAAAAACCGAAGUCAUCUUUAUCACAAAUAUCAGAGAAGAGCCUUUUAGAUACUGAAAACCCUGAUACCUCACACAGUAAUGGACAAACCCCUGCAGUAAGUGUACCCCUGUCCUCAGCUAGCUUUCUGUCCCCUCCAUCUUCGGGGAUGGCUACUCCGCCCGAAAGAGAUGUUAUCACUACAAUUGCUCAAAGAAUCAUCCCACCUCCUUCAGAAUUUAGAGGCAGUCCACCUGUGUCUGAAAGUCCUCCAUCAUAUUCAGAAUCAUCUAGAACUAGAAUCUUUAAGUUAAUAAAGAGUGAUGGUUGUGCUUCUGAUGUUCUUAUGGGUAUGGAUGGAGCCGAUUUAAGGUAUAUGGAUGAAAGUUCUAUAAUUGUCCCUACACCCACGAAUGAAAGUCCACCAUCUUCAAUCACCUUUCCAACAGCUACCGAACCAUCAUCACCUCCAACCCUUAAUUCAGGUAUUAUAACAAGUACUUCAUUAUUACAGGCUGCUCUUAUACGAGCAACAGCUGAAGCUCAAGUAACACAACCUAAAACAAAUUUAUCUCCUCCACCACCUGUAAAAGUUAACACAGAGGUAAGUUUAUCUACAGGAGAACGCCCAAAACCUAUUAUUACCCUCGUAACUUCGUCUUCCAAUAAUAAUGAGACUCAAACUUUAAAACCACCUGAUAAAUCGUCAAUAUCGCGGUUAAACGAAACAUCAGCUAUUGAAAAUAGUGAAAUUUCUAGUCCUGCUGUAAGUGGAUCUGGUCGAGGUGAUUCCAGAAGAGAUUUUGUAAAAAAUAUAGGCAAAAAAUUAAAAGUAAAACGUUCAAAACGAGAUGGAUUAUUCUCUAGCAUAGGAAGGCAAAAAUCUAAAUCAGAAAAUAGGGCUAGGAAAGCUUUUAGAACUAUUUCUUUUAUAUUGGGGGCUUUUGUUGUAUGUUGGACACCAUAUCAUGUUUUGGCUUUAGUAGAAGGUUUCUGCACUGAUCCUCCAUGCAUAAAUCAACAUCUUUAUAUGUUUUCAUACUUUCUCUGCUAUGCCAAUAGUCCUAUUAAUCCUUUUUGUUAUGCCUUGGCUAACCAACAAUUCAAAAAAACUUUCACAAGACUUCUUAGGGGGGAUUUCCAUAUAACCUAGUCUAUGGAUGCUGGUUAUAAAUAAUCUUGAUGUAUAUAGCAAUGAUAAAUAAAAUGCUGCGCGCACAAUUUAUAAAAUCUAUAAAUUAAAUAAAUAUUGCCGCUGAUUAUGAUAAGACAAUACUAUGUUACGACUUGUAGGUAUAUAAUGUACUAUAUUAUAUAGUAAUCUUCGCUUUUAUUGUAUGGAAAAUCACGUAUAUCUAUAAAUGUAAUAAAAAUAUUAAAUAUAAGUGUUCAUAUACGAGCAAUGCUUGUUUUAAAUUUAUUACGAAAGGCGGGUACAGCUUCUAGUUGGCCUUUUUCAAAACGUAGUAAAACUUGUAAAUAAAUGUAUAAUAAACUUGUUAUAUUUUAUUAAAUAUAUGUUGAUAAUUCACACAAAUUGUUCGGAACUGACAAUAAUAUUACAUUAUGUAAAUAAAAAUCAAUUUUUAAAGUCUCUUUACAUUUCUAGUUAUUUAUGAACAUUAACAAUAAUAGUAUUAACAAUGGUCAUAUUAAAAAACUUUAUAUUAAUCUCUGUGUCUAGAUAUAUAUGAAGGUAUAGCAAAAAUAAAAACACAAGUGAACAGACAUUACGAUUGAUUGUGACAAUACCGUUAUAAGAUUUGACAUGCAAAUGUAUAUAUUGACUGUAUUUUUACGAGCAAUGCCAAAAAAGUGAAUGCACUGAAAUGUUAUUUCUGCGCUUCCAAUUAAAUUGUAAAUAGAUAUUAAAAUUGUUCAUAUGUAUAUCUACAAUUAGCGUAAUCAUUUGUAUGUUUUGAUUAAUUCGUUUAUGAUAAAACGCUUCAAAACUUUAAGCUUUUGAGCCCAGCUAAAGAUUUUUAGCGUUUCUAGUCAAUUAUAGUCAUUGUGAUUUUUGUUAAUUAGGAUGUAUGUAAGCCUUUGUAUACUUAAUAGGUUAGGUUAAUAGUGUAAUUGAAUUGAAUUUACAAAGCGAACGAUCCCUCUUCUUCAGUUUUCUGCUCUCCUAUUGGCCUAAGAUAAGGUAGCUUGUAGAAAUGUAAUAAAAAUCCCAUGUAAAUACAAUUUGUAGUUAAUGAUUGAUCUAGUUGUUUAAAAUAGUGAUAUAAAGAGAUAUGAAUGAAUGUUUUAAACAUCAAAAUUUUAGAAAAUCCUCUUUGUGAACUAAACAUGUAUUAGUCCAGGUCGUGUUACCCAGAUGGUCGUUUACUAUUUAAAAAUACUUGAAUUUUUUUCACGAUUGACAAUAAAUCGACUGACUUAAAAAAAAUAAAAUAAAAAAAUGAAGUCAAUAGCUUUAGGGUCAUCAUUUUUAAUGUUAAACCUGUAGAAGUUGAUAUAAAUUUAAUUAUAAAUUACAAUAUAACAAUAUCAUACACCGAUCAAUAGAAAUAAGUUGACCCAAAAUGAAAGACGAAAGUGAAAUAACAGUAGAUGAAAAUACUUAGAAUAUAAAUGGCAUAUAUUAUGGUAAGUUUGUAUGUAGUUACUAUUACAUAAUAUUUAUAUA